AUGGGCAAUGGGUCCAGUAAACAGAAGCGACGACAGUCACAGAUUGAGACAAAGACACGUCUACGUCCUAUUACGGACCGAUUUGAUACGCUUAUACCAAUUGUACAAGAUCAGUUGACGACGUUAUCACAAGUUACCGACGCGUUGAGGUGCAGUGGCCUCGAGAGUUGCAAUCUGAUUGUCGGUAUUGAUUAUACCAAAUCCAAUGAAUGGAGUGGUAAACGUACAUUUAGAGGACGUAAUUUGCAUGAAAUUGACGAACCAAGUGUCCAAAAUCCAUACGAAGACGUGAUUGAAACAAUUGGCAAAACAUUAGAGGAUUUUACCAGGGACAAUUUAAUUCCAGUAUACGGAUUUGGAGAUGAGCUCACAUGUGACCGUGCAGUAUUUGCUUUUGCUGAGCAUGAGAAUCAAACUGGAUAUUCACUGGAAAAUCUACGCUCGCGAUACCGUGAGGUGGUGCGAAAUGUCGUGAUGGCAGGUCCUACAUCCUUUGCACCCGUUAUUAAUGAAGCAGUAAAUAUUGUUCAUCGUACAGGAGAGUAUCAUAUUCUACUCAUUAUUGCAGAUGGACAAGUGACACGAUCCGUGGAUAUUCCACGCCAUGCAGUGAGCAAGAAUGAGAAAGAAACGAUUGAUGCCAUUACUUAUGCGAGCAAUUUUCCAUUGAGUAUUAUUAUGGUCGGUGUUGGUGAUGGCCCAUGGGACUCGAUGAUUUAUUUCGACAAGUAUCUCUUGCAUAGAAAGUUUGAUAACUUUCGAUUUGUAGAGUACCACAAGAUUACAUCACAAUUCAAUGAUCUACAGAUGAAAGAGGCGCAGUUUGCAGUGCAGGCGUUGAUGGAAAUACCUGAUCAAUAUCGAGCAAUUAAGGCGAUGAAGUAUCUGGAUCACAAAGCAUACAUGGGACGCACCGAUCUCCCACGUGUAGACAUUUUUCCGCCGCCUCAACGUAUUGAGAACGUCCGCCAAAGCCACAACGUGGACGUCAGGCAGCACAUUUUGCAGCAGACUUGUAGCGAAGCUGAUGCAACGCCAACGAUGCAAUAUAUACAAGCAACACCACCAUCAGCACCACUUUUGAGCUCCACAGACGAUGUAUGCAACAUAUUGACGUGUCCAAUGCUGUUGCGAGCUGAGGAAGAGCUCGCACGACUUCAAGAAACGUUGCUAUGCCCCAUCUGUGAAGAGAGAAAGAAGGAUAUGGUGUUCCAAUGCGGGCACGAAACGUGUCAGAUAUGCUGCGAGUUGCUCUCGCACUGCCCUCUCUGUCGGCAAGAGAUUCUGGUGCGCAUCAAACGCUUUGGUUAG